CCUAUCCACUUUAUAAUAUGUUACUUUCGGUUAGCGUGAUAUAAUAUUAUUAAAUAAACGUGACAAAUAUGAAAAAAAGAGAUGGAUAUUUGAAUGAGUUAUAUUUGAUAGAAAUAUAUACAUGCCAUUAAUUGACCACCUUUUUUUUUUUGACAUCAUUGACCACCUUUCUAAAAUCGAAAAAGAAACAAAAUCCAAUAAGAAUAUCAAAAGGUCUUUAUUUUACCAAAAUAAAUAAAUAUCAAAAGGUCUUUCUUUCUACAUGCGUUAACUUAUGUAAAGACCUAAACGUGUUUAUUAACCCUAUAUAUAUAUAUAUAUAUAUCAUAUGUUCCCUCUCCACAGCCUCUAUACUGUAUCUUCGGCUGAUCAUGAUCUCCCACAAAGUUGAACCAACCAAAAAGAAGAAGACGGUUCCUGGGCUACCGUCGAUGUUUUCUUCACUACCUGACGAAAUCAUAGAAAACAUUCUUGCACGUGUCUCCAGAUGGAAGUACCCAUUGCUCUCUCUCGUCUCAAAGAGAUUCCACUCUCUCUUAUCAUCUAUGGAGAUCUACAAGACGCGAUCUCAAGUAGGAGCAGAUGAAACAUGCGUCUAUGUCUGGUUAAAGUUGCCCGAUCAUCCAUGUGCAAGCUGGUUUAGCCUUAAACCUAAUAAAAAGAGAACCAAACUGAAAAGCAAAAUUGGGUUUAAGCGGGACCCAAGUGUAAUGUCGGUUGUUCCUAUACCUCGCUCUUCUACCAAUUCUUUUCCCGAACUAUAUUACACGACGACAGUUGGUCCGGAAAUUUACAUAAGUGGUGGACCCAACCCGGAUCCAUCUUCCUCUGUUCGGAUAUUCGAUUGUCGGAGUCACACAUGGCGUGAUGCCCCUAACAUGAUCGUGGCACGGGAGAAUGCGGAGACAGUUUUACUCGACGAGAAAAUAUAUGUGAUGGGAGGUUGUGAUAUUGACAAGUACUAUGCCAACUGGAUUGAGGUAUUUGACGUAAAAACUGAGUCUUGGACAGCCUUUCCUGGUCCUGGCGCUGACGAAGACGACUUACGUAAUAACUUACGCAAUAAUAAUAGUGAAUGUUACAUAGUUAACGUGUUCGAAGGGAAACUUUACGUAGCCGCAGAUGAGAAGGAAUACUCUUACGACCCGAAAAAUGGUACAUGGAAACUUGUAAGAGAGAAUUCAAGUUUCACAACAGAUUCCGUAUAUAUUUGGGCUAAGAUGGGGAAUGUAACAUACGGUUGCACUGAUUCAGGGAACUUAAUGUGGUCUGGCUUUGAGAAUGAAAGUAUAGAGUGGAGGGAGAUCAAGGGUUUGGAGAAACUCCGUAAGCAUCCUACAAGAGGUUUGGAAACUGGGAUUGACUUUGGACUGGUGGGCUUUGGUGGCCAACUUUUAGUUAUGUGGUACCCGUCUCUAACCAAACGAAGGAACACAAUUUGGUAUGCCAAGAUUUCUGUAGAAUCAAGACGCAAUGGACGUGAGGUGUGGGGAAAAGUUGAGUGUGUUGAUGCGCUUACCUUUCCUGUCGAAUCAUGUGAAGGGUUUGGCUGUGUUGCUGCGUCGGUUUGAUUUCUCUUUGAGAUAG